ACGGUCCCGCCAUCUGCUUUCCGUGCAAUUUGGUUGAAACUGUGUUAGGAAGUUCUAGCAAAUAUUUGUCAUAAAAAUCAUCUUUAAGCCAUCAUGAGUGAUGUUGAUGAUAGAGAUGGAUCCGAAGAAAAGGAUGUAAGUGACAGAGAGGAUGAGCUAGGUGCUGACUACAAUGGUGCUGGCUCAAGAUCAGCUUCACGCUCCAGAUCUCGCUCAAAAUCUCGUUCCAGAUCUCGUUCAAGAUCCCAUUCAGCAUCACGUUCACGAUCGAGAUCGCGCUCUGGGUCACAUUACUCAAGAGGUCAAUCGAGGUCACGCAGUCGUAGCCGUUCACGUCGUAGACGCCGCUCGCCUUCUCGCAGCAGGUCCAGAUCCCGUUCUCACACUAGGAAAAAGAGAAAGUCCAGAUCUCACUCUCACAGUCCCUAUCACUACAGGCACAAAAGAUCAAGGAGUGUUUCACCUCUCUCCUCAAGGAAGCGUCAUGUUGGAAGCCGGGAUAACCCAGAAACCAGUAACUGUCUUGGAAUUUUUGGAUUAAGCCUGUACACAACUGAAAGAGAUUUGAGACAGUACUUUGAGAAGUACGGCAGUGUUGAGAGUAUCCAGAUUGUAUAUGAUCGUCAGACUGGGAGGUCGAGGGGCUUUGGAUUUGUCUACUAUGAAAGUAGUGAUGAUGCAAGAGAGGCAAAGCAGAGCACAAAUGGUUUAGAAAUUGACAGUCGGCGUAUCCGUGUUGACUACUCCAUUACUAAAAGAGCCCACACACCUACACCAGGAGUUUAUAUGGGGAAAGCAACACAGCACCGAAAUUAUCGCAAGAGUACCUAUGACGACUAUUCUCGGGACAGAGAAUAUUAUUCAAGGGACAGUCACCGUCAUAGAGAUUACUAUAGUAGUGGAGGAUAUCGCUCCAGGUCCAAUUCACCACGGGAAUUGAUAAAUACAUCUUCAAGAAGUGUAGCGAGAAGAAAAAAAAUUAGGUAGAAACAAGCAUGAAAAACGAAGAGCGAAGACUCCAAUCGCGAAAUUUGCAAGUAGUGCAAGACAGAAGAAUUAUCGAAGAUAGAAGCGUAUAAAUUCAGUUAGAAAACAUGGGAGAAAAUGAAGCUGAAAUGGGAAGAUUGGGGAAAAGAAGGGAAAAGAAAGCGAAGAUCGAUUCGUAGAAAGAACGAAGUUAGAAAGAGGGGAAGUUUUGAAGAAAGAAGCCAGGUUGUGGGAAGAGAAAGAAAGAAAAAUUUGCGAAGAAAAUGAAGUUGAAGAAGAAUGAAGAAAGGAAGAUACUUCCUGAUAAAUGCCUCAAAGAAACGGAAAAUUGGCCAAACGCGCGAGAAGUAAAAUGAAGAUUUUCUGUUGAAAGAAAAAUGCAAAAUACAGGCGAAUCGUGAAAACCAGCGAUUUGAAGAAUUACCGAAGACCGAAGAAAGAGUAUUAUUUCUUGCAGGUAAGGAACAAAAUUCAGCGCUUUCCAUCUCGCUGAAAUCCUGAGAAUUAUUCCGUUUUGGAGCAGUCCGAUUCGUUACAAUGGUUCUUUUUCAGUUUUCGCAUUUCUCCCGUCUCGAGCGUUUCUUUUUGUUUCCUUUUUUUUUCUUUUUAAUUCGAGUAAAAUGGACUGGUUUCUAGGGAAGGUGCUAUUUCCAUCGUUCAAAGCAAUUAUUCGGUCUUUGUCCAAAGACUAGUUUUUCUUUCUUUGUUCCGUCUUUACGGGUUGAUUACACUUUAUCAUUUCAACGCAGUUUUAUUAUAGGAUUUCUUUUUAGGGUGGGUAAUGUUGUCAUCUUGUGGAAUUAUGUAUACAGGUACUUUUCCCCGUGCGUAUGCAGCCCUAGGUUGGCCUUGUUCCGCGAGUGUGUUGCGUGAUACGACCAAUCAACUGCUUCGUGGAACACAUCAUCUAUGCGCAGUCUGAAUUAGACCUUUUGACUCGGGCCAAGGAGUGUCUCAAAUUCGGGUAACGUAAUGAUCUUAGUCUUGCUGACUUAAGAUUGUUGCAUUGCUGCCAUUUGAUUUGCUUAGAGGAAAACAAGAUGUGUUUGUGCGCACGGAUUACUAUGGUUAGGUUGAGUUCUCUUCAGAAUUGUAAUUUUUAGUGAAUAAAAGUACUUGCCAGGAAA